UUCAUUUUGUGCGGCUUUUUUGGCGUCGUGUUUUUGUGUUAUAUUUUCUCCUAAUUUUUAUUUAAUUCUUUGCGUCAAAUUAAAAUAUAUUAAAUUAUUCCAUAAAAUGCACGACGUUGGUAACUUUCAGAGAAUAGAGAAAAUUGGCGAGGGAACCUAUGGAAUUGUGUACAAGGCGCGAGACACCAAAACGGGCAAGGAUGUGGCCCUAAAGAAAAUUCGCUUAGAAAGCGAGACAGAGGGAGUUCCUUCGACCGCCAUACGGGAGAUAUCCCUGUUGAAAGACCUACAACAUGACAAUAUUGUUCAGUUAUUCGAUGUGGUUGUUGCUGAUGCCAGCCUUUAUAUGGUCUUUGAAUAUCUUAACAUGGAUUUGAAAAAGUUAAUGGACAAAAAGAAAGAUGUCUUCACAGCCAAACUGAUAAAGAGUUACAUGUUCCAAAUGUUCGAUGCCAUUGCCUUUUGUCACACAAACCGAAUUCUACAUAGAGAUUUAAAGCCUCAAAAUCUUCUAGUUGAUGCCUCGGGAAAUAUAAAAUUAGCCGAUUUUGGUUUGGCGAGGGCAUUCAAUAUGCCCAUGAGAGCAUAUACACAUGAAGUGGUAACGCUAUGGUAUAGAGCACCAGAGAUACUAUUGGGUACUAAAUUUUAUGCCACAGGCAUGGAUAUAUGGAGUUUAGGAUGCAUUUUUGCCGAAAUGAUAAUGCGUCGCUCUCUCUUCCCUGGCGAUAGUGAAAUCGAUCAACUCUAUCGAAUCUUUAGAACACUGGGCACACCCGAUGAAACAACAUGGCCAGGUGUUUCGCAAUUACCUGAUUAUAAAGCCAAAUUUCCUCGGUGGGAAAAAACAAAUGUUCCCGAGGUUAUAGUAAAACAUGAGGCAUAUGACCUCUUUAAGGCUAUGAUGGCUUAUGAUCCCAAUGGAAGAAUAUCUGCCAAAAAUGCCAUGCUACAUACUUACUUUGAUAAUUUAGAAAUUGUCAAACAUGUGGAUUUACCCAAAGAGACUUAGUGAUUUUUUUUUGUCAAUAAUUUUACGUCAUAUCCCAACGUUACUGCCACCACGUUACUGCCAAGGAAACUCUUAUACACAAACACACACACACACACACAUAGAAUAAUUAGAUUGUUUUUUUUUUAAUUAUAUUAAUUUGUUUAAGUAAGUAAUGCAUUUAAAAGACUUGUUCUAUUUUAAGAGAGUACUUUAGAGAGUUAAUUUUAUUAUUUCUUAUAGACGAUAAGAAUAAAUGUUUUAUCAAAAACCA